AGAUACGUCUCAUGGAGAGAAAAAAGAAUAGUCUUUAUUUUCCCCCGAUCUCACGCGGCCCAAGCACGUUGUCGUUAUCCACUUUCCUGUAGUUUAAAGCAGAUCCGCGGGGUUAUAAUGAAGUGGAAGCUAUGAUCAAAUAAGCGCCGUCGGUAAUUUGUUUGAGCCGGCGGACCGAGACCGGGGUCGGGCCGCUCGUUUUCAGAUUCCAAACUUUGAACUUAAACCAUGCCACCUCACAUUCAGGUCCAGCUGUCUUUCCCUCUUGCCUUCCUCCUACCUCUGCCACUGUCUCCUCAUCUAUGUCCCUCCGUUAUCUGAGGUCUGCUCCAAUAUCUAUCUCUCGACGCGCUUUCACGAGGCGUACCUUUACUUCCACGGUCACUGCGAGGUGUCCUCCUAAUGUGAAGAACGUCGUCACCGAGAAGCUCUUUCAGUCGCCCUCUAAGUACAUCCAAGGACCAUCUGCCAUCAAGAACGCCCCUAUCUAUCUGGGGUCGUUAGGAAAGACGGCUCUGCUGACUGCAGAUGAUGUCGUAUACAAGAUCGCUGGCGCAGCGCUGACGAGUUCCCUAGAGCAGGCCGGCAUGAAUGUCGUAUAUGUCCGCUUCAAUGGUGAGGCUUCAUCCGCCGAGAUAGCGCGAGUUCAGGACAUUGGCGCGCAGAACAAGGUCGAGUAUGUAAUUGCUCUCGGUGGCGGGAAAACAAUCGAUACAGCAAAAGCGGUAGCAGACAAGCUUGGCAUUCCUUCAGCGGUUCUUCCUACGACAGCCUCCACAGACGCGCCUUGUUCUGCGCUCAGUGUUCUAUACACACCCCACGGGGAGUUUGAUCGUUAUUCCUUCUUCAAUAAGAACCCUACCGUCGUUCUAGUGGACACAUCGAUAGUCGCAAAGGCACCGGCUCGAUUCUUGUCUGCCGGCAUUGGCGAUGCUCUGGCCACACACGUCGAAGCGCGCGAGGUUAGGAACGCAGCUAAUUUUGGCGGUGGGCUUCCCACAGUAUUAGCAAGCGCAAUAUCAUCAAAGUGCGAGGAAAUCCUGUUCAAGUACGGGAAACUCGCGUACGAGUCCAACAAGGUCGGCGCCAUAACCCCGGCCUUGGAAGCUGUAGUUGAAGCGAAUACGCUACUAUCGGGCCUGGGUUUCGAGAGCGGCGGUUUGGCUGCCGCGCAUGCGAUUCAUGAUGGUUUGACUGCCCUGGAGCCUACGCACAAAAUGAUGCAUGGUGAAAAAGUCAAUUUUGGGACUGUGUGUCAACUCAUACUUUCUAACGCGUCAGCGGAGGAGAUGGACCGGUAUAUGGCGCUCAUGACCUCUGUUGACCUUCCUAUUACGUUGGCGCAGCUUGGUGUUACGAGCGCCACGGACGAGGAACUUCGCCAUGUUGCAGAGUUGGCUUGUGCGCCGAACGAGACAAUAUGGAACCUUGACUAUGUUAUUAACGUGGACGUUGUCUUCAACGCUAUCAAGGGCGCUAAUGCUGCUGGUCGCAACUUUCUACUCAAGGAAGGGUUGUUGUAGAUGAUGAGUUUUUCGGGCUUUGAGUUAAUGGGUUUCUAUUGUACAUCUUACUUUACAAUUUUGUGUAGUACGGCAUACCACUUUUCGACAGUCUUUUCAAUUUCACAGUUUGUUGCUUCUUUUGCGACGUUGGAGC